UCUCCUCUGCUCUGCUCUGCUCUGGAACCCGGAAGACCCUCCAAAAAGCAAGGACUACUCAACCUUUGGUGAACGCCUAAAACUUGCAAAAAUUCAGUGAAGUCUCCGAGGAAGAUCGUGGAACGCGUGGAUCGCGAUUUUGAGGAAAAGUACGCGCCCCCCGAGGUCUAUAUUAAUCUGGAGCCUGUUGGAGCUUGUGAACGCGGGCUAGUCGGCGUAAAAAGAACCGUAAAGUCACGGCUCGCUAUAAAAAUAAGCGCGAUACGGGGAACCGGGAGAGCCAGGAUCAGUUUCUCGCCCAAGAGCUCGAGAUUGUUCUCACUGCAACUCGAGGAACAAGUGGCUCCCAGUGUUCCAAACUCUCGAGAGGGUCAUUUCUGACCCAGCCUCGCCAGAACCCAACCGCCCGCGGUGGGAUCAGCUCUGUACCCCAGGGAACCUCCACGCAAAGAGCCCAAGACUCGCCAUCGUCCGUGACUGGGAUUCGCCAGUGUGGAAGUGCAGUGUCGAACGCCGUUCGAAUGUGUCCAGGAAUGGUAUAGUGUUCUCCGAGUGGCCCGUGCGUGGAUCGGUGAUUCUGUGUGGGGAACGGUGGAAACGAUUCCGCGAAGGUGGUUCGCGUGGCGAGGAAGGAAAAGGACGCGACGAUGGCGGAGCGUCCUGGGGUGAGAAGACGUUCCCGUCGCGACAGCACGGACACCACGAGCUCCGUGAGAGGCACACCGCCAGGCUCCAGGGAUCGAAGGGCCAAACGGUCGAGCAAGCCUUCCAAGGAGCGAUGGCUGCUCACGAGGAAGACCUGGCGUUACAUGGCGGACGCUGGGAGACGCUUGAUCCCUGAUGGCGCUCACAACAGGCCCGAGGACAUCCCUAGGAUCGAGCAAUACUUUCAAGAAGUUUGUCAGAGGGAGCCUAGGUUUCUGCUGUGGAGGAAGGCGUCCUAUCCGGGGACGCUGGGGUUCCGUGCUCAGAGGCGUCGCAGGCUGAUAAAGGGCGGCAGUUGUCGGACGAAGGCCAGCUCGGCGGACGAGGCGGACGACUCGAGGAGUCCACCGCGUGGUUUCGUGCUCCGCACUACCACCGCUGGGAAGUUCGACCUCGCGAAAGCGAAACGGGAGUGGCUUUUGGCGUCUGAUGGGGGGAGCACUCCGUCGAGUCCUGUGGAGCGCAGGAAGCUCCAUCAGGAGGACGCUGAGGCCAAGGCGUUGGCUGAUAUGCUUCAGAAGUACCUGAACAUGCAAAGUGACGUCGCUGGAACGACUAAGACGGGAAGGUCGGAGCCUUUCGACUAUCAGAGCCUGAUAGACAGGCUCCAGCAGCACCUGGACCUGAUGGUAGCUCACGCCAAGCUUGACGAGCUCUCCGUGCAGAGGUCCACUUCUGAUAAGGAUGUUCAGAAGGUUCCCAAGUCUAUGCAGCCGUAUCAGGGCGAUUACGUGCACAAGUCGCUUAUGGAGACUAUCAGUCGCUACUACAGCAAGUCUGGGACCCGGGAGCGCGUGAUCUCUGAUAUCCUGACGGAUAGGAAGCUUCUAGAGAAGUUGUACUUCGAUCUGAGGUGCACCAGGGGGUUCAGAGGGCCUAGGGCCACCGGUGCUUACACCUCGCCGUCCAGCUGGUGGACCCACCAGAGAAGCAGACUGCCCCCCGAGUCUGAGGAUUGGUUCUCCGCUAGAAGGGACCUCCUAGGAGGAGGGAAUCGCGAUCCUUUCUCGCCACCGCCUCUGAUAGCUGUGCAAGAGCCUAGCACUGACAGAGGACCCAUAGAUGAUGGUGUUCAGACUGAUCCUGUCCCCAGGGAAGUCCUCGACGCUAUCCUCCUGGAAAGGGAGAAGGAGGAGUCCAGUCAGAAGUCCAGUGGACGCAGGCGCAGCAGCGUGGACAAUGACGACGUGUCGCCCUCUGUGAGCGAUACGAUUAAGAGGUACCUUCGAAUGGCCAGGAAGAAGUCGAUGGACGCUGAUAAAGUAGACAGGUUCAAAAGGGUGAAUUACGACAGGAAUCUUCGUAACAUAAAGGCAAAAGGGGAGACGACCAAACUGAGUGAUGAUGAUGGCAACAACAAGGGUUGCCAAACCGAGGACACUUGGGCUGUUAAUUACAGGGAAAUGUCCUCUGUGGAGAAUCCGUUCGAGAAUCUUUCGGACGCAGACACGACCACCUCGCCGCCGAGCAGAAACGCUAGCUCGAGGAGCAGCAUAGACGCUGGCCUAGGUUCCGAGGAACCGCUAACACCUAAACACCACCAUCAGUCCUUUCUUUCCCAUCUCCUGCACGGUUCCAACGCGCACAAGGACAAACCGCACUCCGCGCCCGGUUCCCCGGCACUGACCUCGUCGUCGACAAAUUCCGCAGGUGGCACAGCGAUGCAGAAGAGCAAGUCGUCGAGCAGCGUGGUGCAUCACGGCAGCCGGCUGGUGGCCAAGAAGAUAUGGCGGUCCAGGAGCAAGAGCACCUCGAGGGCGUCCAAUCAACCAUCCGUAUGGACGCCUCAGGGAAAGUGCAUGUGGGCGGGGACUGCAGGACGACGAGUCACUCUGCAGGACACUCCAUUGAGAUCGCUGUCAGAAGUCGAGAGGAGGGUCCUUUGCAAGGUGGCUGUCGCCAAACUCCAGGCCCUCAAUUUAGGAGUUCAUAUCAGGCCACCCAGUGAGUCUCUGAGCAGCAGCGCGGUUGCCACGAAGCCCAAGAGGAGAGCACCUUUGUUGAAGAGGAAAGCUCUCACGACAGGCUUCUUCGACAACAAAGGGAAGGACGAUAAGGAAAAGGAUACGUCGGGUGGCCUGGUAUUUGGCAUACCUCUCUCACAGUGUUUGGAGAACGAUAGGAUUGCUAGAAUCGCCGCUGGCGAGGUCGCCGACGUCGGUUGCCUGUCGAGGAGCAGCAGACAUGGCAGCAGGACGAGCUUCACUAGCCUAAUCGAACCCACCGUUGCUGCAAAGACCGACGAGGGUGGCUCGUGCGAAUCUCUGUCGUCGAAAGGCGGAGCUCUCACCGGAAGUGACUCUGGUGUCCUGGAGCUCAGCGAUAGUGGGGGAGGCGGUCCCCCAGGAGAAUGGGACGCUGUUCCAGCAGUGGUCAGACAGUGCAUCAGGCAUUUGGAAACCUCUGGACUUCGAACAUUGGGAGUCUUUCGAGUUUCGCCCUCGAAGAAGAGAGUGAGACAGUUACGAGAAGACUUCGAUUGCGGUCGUGAGACGAAAAUUGGUCCCGAUCAGUGUCCCCACGACGUGGCAGCACUGUUGAAAGAGUAUUUCCGGGAUCUGCCGGAUCCUCUGCUCUGCAGAGACCUAUACCAAGCCUUCGUCCACACGCAAAAGAUCCGGAACAGGCGACUUCAGCAAGAAGCUCUUCAGCAUCUCAUUCAGCUGCUCCCCACGCCUAACCGCGAAACUCUCUGGGCACUUUUGAGCUUUCUCAGCGUGGUGGCGGCGAACAGCGACGACAGGAAGACAGACACUGGCGAGUGGAUACCUGGGAACAAAAUGGACACUACCAACUUGGCCACUGUGUUCGCGCCAAAUAUCCUCCAUUGCGUGAAACCUGGACAGAGGUCUGAAGUAUCAGCUGAGAGGGCAGAGGAGAGGAUAGACGUAAUAAACGUGGUGAGGGCGCUGUUGGAGCACGCUACGACCCUUUUCACGGUGCCAGCUGCCCUUCUGGACGAAGUCUACCAUCACAUGAUGGACACGCAUCCGGCGGAAUUGGAUCUCGCCCUUUCUCGACGCGCUGACGAACAGUGCGGUGACGAGGCAGACCCGUGCAGCGAAGCUGAAAACUUCUCGGUCGAGGAGACCCUGACGACGUCGACGACGACCACGGCCGGAACGACGACGUCCACCAGGAAGGUGUGGACGAGAGAACAGUGUCUCCAUCAAACAGCAGGCAUUGGCGGAGACAUAGGCCCCAGACCGCGGCGGUCGAAGAGGCCCGGAAGUCGCAGAAAGGAAGAAGGCAGGAGCAACAGCGUGGACAGUGGAUCCAGCGAGGAUCCAGCGGAUCCACGAAGAAAAUCCUCGCCCAUGGUAAUCACCGCCAGCCUCACCAUACCAAUGUCCGGAGCGUUCACGUUGAACCUCGACGAUCCGGACAUUCCUUACAUCGAGGAAGCACCUAAGCAACCCAGCGUGCCGCCACGAAGGCAGAGGCAACGAUCGAUUUCCGGUUGCAGCGAAGGUGGUAGGCACGGAAGCGACAGCGCAGUGGGUUCCUCCGCGACACUGUCGGGCGACCAGGCGCCCAGCUCGCCGCCCUCGUGGGCAUCCUCGCCCCCAGCGAGCCCCGACAGCGCGGUGACCGCAGUCUCUUACAUACCCGACCAACAGGCAGUCCUCCAGAGGGUCUCGUUCACGACUUCCAGCGAGGUGCGCCAAGUGGCCAGGUCGAACAACCAGGACACGUCUAGGAGCACCGCGGCGCCGUACACGCCCAGCAUCACAAGCAUCGGCGGCGCGGUCCUCAGAUCGAAGACCGCGGACAUCGAGAGGAUGCUGCACAUCGCGAGGCCCGACAUGCUCGUCACGCAGCAGAGCAAGAGUUCCACGGACAGCAAGAAGUAUACCAAGAGACGUUACACCGAUUCGAGGCACCAGACGCGUCACAUACCGGACUCGGACACCCUGGCGGGCAAAACGGCCGCGUCUGUAGCGUCGGCGCCCUCUGUCGCGAUGUCCGCGACCUCUGUGGUGAUCGGUGGCCAGGGCCAGAGGGCCCAACCGGUUUGGAAACGACGGGAACUCAUUUCCAGCGCCCCCAAAGACAGGGAAAGAUACUUCUGAGCAACGACGACUCGUUCACGAUCGGAUCGGAUGACAAAGAGACUCUUUAAAGCGACACUCGAUUGACCAAUGUCGUGAGAGCACACCAGGGACUCAUUUAACGCGCAGUGUUGAAAGGGGGAGGCUACAGGGAAGCUCAAGAUCCCUAUUACACGAAUUUUAAUCGAUUUAAACCGAUUUAUUAACACUUCGACUGCCACGCCAUCUAUGUAUGGGUGACAGAAUUUACCACUAUGAUACUAGGGAAUUUCAUUUUCAAAUUAACACUUUACCGACCGGUAGCGGUUGAUUAAUCGGCUAUCGGUCGGUAAACGUCGACCGAUAAAACAGUUGAUUAAUACGCUAUCGGUCGGUAAGC